UAGACUCUACCUAACAAUUUUCAAGUCCAUUAUCUACAAUUUAGUCUUCUUUUUCAAUCUUAUGGAAUUUUAGUACAGAUAAGGUAUCUCGGCGGAGUAUGAGUGAAGAGUAAUGGUGACCAUGGCUGCAGCAGUGUCUCUCCAAUUCCCUGCUACACCCGCAUUGCCUUCAAUCAAAUGGCAGCUUCCUAGUAACUCUUCUACUACUUUUCAUUCUUCUAUAUUUCACGACCAUAGAUAUAAAAUCAUUUCAGCUUCCUGUAAAGAACUUUCAGUGCAAACUUUUGAGCCAAAACAUGAAUACAUCAACAAUUCAGGGGGUAAUAAUGUAGAGGCUCUGUAUAAAAAUCAGGGUGAGCAAAGCGUCAAUGAUACAGUAUUGCAGUCUUCAUCUCGGGUCAAUAAAGCCAUACAAAUUAAGGGACUUCAUGCCCAAUUUAUAAAAAUUCGUAGUAAGGAAGACAUAUAUGUGAACAACAAUUUUAUUCACAUGUAUGCCAAAUGCGGUUGUUUGGAUGAUGCACGCCAAGUAUUUGACAAAAUGUCUGAACGAAAUUUGGUCUCAUGGAACACCAUCCUUGCAGGAUGUGUGAGGAAUGGACAGAAUGAAGAAGCCUUGGACAUAUUUAGCCGGAUGCAUUCCACGGGAGUGAAGCCAGAUGAAUUUACCUUUGGGAGUGUUCUGAAGGCAUGCUCAAAGUUGGAAAUCGUUGAACGAGGUAAGGGGAUUCAUGCCCAAGUUGUCAAAUUUGGGUUUGAGUUCAAUAUCUUUGCUGCAAGUGCCCUGGUUGAUAUGUAUGUGAAAUGUCGCAGUAUUCACGAUGCAAAUAAAUUGUUUGAAGAAUUGCCUGGACGGGAUCUGGUGUUGUGGACGGCGAUGAUUUCAGCUUAUGCUCAGGAUGGGCAGAGUAUCAAGGCUCUAAAAUUGUUCUGUCAAAUGCAAUGGUCAGGUAUCAAGCCCAACACAUUCUCCUUCACUAGUGCUCUUGUUGCAUGUUGUUCUCUAGCCAGGUUGGAUCAAGGCACACAGUUCCACGCACUUGUUGUAAAAUAUGGAUUACAGUCAGACACGCCUGUGGGGAAUUCACUUAUUACCAUGUAUAGCAAAUGUGGUAGUAUAAAGGAUGCAGAGCUUGUGUUUCGCAAACUGCCCAAACGAAGUGUAAUUUCAUGGAGUGCAAUGAUAUCAGGAUAUGCAUAUCAUGGAAGGGGUAAAGAGGCCCUCCAAUUGUUUGAACACAUGAAGAAGAAAGGAAUGAAACCAAAUAAUGUCACUUUUGUUGGUGUUCUUUCUGCCUGCAGCCAUGGAGGUCUAGUGAAGGAAGGUCUCGCCUACUUCGAUUCCAUGAGUCGGGAUUAUGGCAACAGUCCAAUUGCAGAGCACUAUGCUUGCAUUGUUGAUCUUCUUGGCCGUGCUGGCCUUCUUGAGGAGGCAGUUGACUUCAUCGGUAGAAUGCCAUUCGCAGCUUGUGAUGCAGUGUGGAGGACCUUACUAGGUGCCUCCAGGGUUCAUAACAAUAUGGAGAUAGGUUUGCUAGCAGCAGAACAUCUGAUGGUGUUGGCACCUCAUGAUGCUUCGGCAUAUGUGUUGCUUUCAAACAUCUACGCUGCAGCAGGCAGGUGGGAAGAUGUGGCAAGGGUAAGGAAAAAGAUGGAUGAUAUGGGAGUCGAAAAAGAGGCAGGGCUCAGUUGGGUUGAAGUCAGGGGCAAGAUGCACAGAUUUGUUGCGAGAGACAGAUCACAUCCUCAAUCAGAGGAUAUUUAUGCAACACUACAGUUAUUGACAAAACAGAUAAUUGAGGCAGGUUAUAAGCCAUAUACAAAGCUUGUGCUGCAUGAUGUAGAGGAUGAGUUAAAAGAACAAUAUCUGUGCCACCAUAGCGAGAAGCUAGCUAUUGCUUUCGGCCUUCUAAGUUUUCCCUUGGGAAAACCUAUCCAAAUAGUGAAAAACCUUCGUGUCUGUGUUGAUUGCCACACUGCUACUAAGUUUAUUUCCAAGAUUGUUAGGCGAGAAAUUGUAAUGAGGGAUGCAAGUCGCUUUCAUCAUUUCAAGGAUGGGAUCUGUUCAUGUGGAGAUUAUUGGUGAUAAUAAAUAAAUAUUAAGAUUUUCCUUGAGAA